ACUCUACGUGCUACAUUCUAACUACAGAUAGUGUUUCUCUGUGCUUCGACAUGCUCAUUUUACGCGCCGCCUUCUCUUGGACACUGCUCUCCAUUCUCGCGCUCCUCACGGCGUCCUCCGGGGCUCACGACAGUCCCCGGUCAGAGGGGGUCUCGCGCGCACAACGGAGUGGAAACGGACCAAUUCGCGGCAGGUUUACUCUGAAGAACGGCAUGCAGUGCAUUUGGGCUACUAAAGACACGAGGAACGGUGUGAAGAUGUUGGUCAAAUGUGAGAAUUCUGAGGCCCGUAUCUCUGGAGGAGUUACGGACGUACAGUGCGAGUACAACGCCAAACCUCAGAGCUGCCCGGCCUAUCAGUCCAACCCCAAAGCAUACUAUAAGCAGGUGUUCCGCGCGCUCAAAAAGCUGCAGGGAGCUCUGUGCAAGGAAGAGCGCGUUUUGAUAAAAGCAGGCAUGUGUAAGCGCGCGUCUCGAGACGCGCAUUUCAAACUGGACAUGAAUUCGGCAGUCACUUCGGCUCAGUCGGGUAUUGACCCUACUCCCCAUCCCAAGAGUUCUUCCACCACCACCAGCACCACCACUACCACCACAACAACCACCCCGACCGCUCAUGUCCCCAGUGGGACACCUACUGACUGCAAGCGACGCGCCGACCACCGUGAAGUGGCAAAGGAGUACUGCAACAGCUCGUGGGCCAGCGUGUGCGCUUUCUUCUUUUCCAUGUUACAGACUGAAGAGUGUUAGCGGUAGACACAGGACAUGGACAAGAGCAAACCAUUUUUGUAUGCUUAGUCCCUUUUCAUCAUUUUAUUUUUGGCAUAUCAACAUUUUCAUGGGUGUUUUGCAGUAACAGUUUUUUUAAACUAUAAUGAGGUCAUUUAAAAUUUCAUAUGCUCCAUGUGGUUUCAGAAGGCACUUCACUUUAAUAUAGCCUGUACAUUUGAAAGUACACGUGUCUACUUACUUGACUAAAGUAGCUAGCCUACAGUUUUUUUUAUGAAUAGUGAGAUAUGCAAAAGAUUUUUAUUUUUCUACACAAGGAGAGCAUUAUCUUUCCAUCUCUCUUAUACAACUGUA